AUGACUUCCGACGCCCUUGCUUCAUCCCCGCCAACUCGCGAUCCAGCUGAAAUCAACAAGUCAGUGACCGAACAGGAUGAUAACUCUUUCUACUAUCACCCUUUAUGGUCGGAGCGAUGGUCACACCCCGAGUUCGUAGGCCACUACUCGAACAAUUGGCUCAAAGCUCCCUGGUUUAAACAACCUAAGCGUCGCACAACAAGUUUUCUGUACCCCUCGGUGGACUCUAAGUUCCCCUGGGGCUACAUUAUAUACCGAACAGUCUACACUGCCGAAUCAGAUGAGCUAUGGCCUAUUGCUAUAGAGAAACUGGCCAAAGUCAUGAAUUACUCUAUUGACUCUGGGCUUUACGCUAUAAUCAAACAUAAGAAACCUGGAGAUCCAGAGCCAGAUGGAGACGCAGAGCGACUGGUGAAGGAAGCGCAUAAGGACGUUAUUUUCUCAGACAAACAGUUCUGGGAUGGAGCAAGUAUCGAGCAAGUUCGCCAACAUUUUUCUGAAUACCUUCGUGCAAGCAAAGGCCUAUGCACCGGUCGAUUCGAAGGCUGCCUUCUCAUUGAUGAGCGGUCACUGAAGUCAAUCGUUGCCAGUCCCGACCCCCAGUCCUGGCUCGAGGAGACAAGGCCUAAAAAGCCUAGCCAACCUUGGGGAUUUGUUGGUAUGAUCGAUGGGCGGUAUCCUGAGAAUCGGUAUAAGCCGCACUAUACCGGCUAUAUGCGGGUGGAUAUUCUUUCCUUGUGGAACCUAUAUAUUGAGUUCAAAUUUAGAUAUAUGCAGGAGCUCUGCCCCCUUGUUCCUGAUGGAUUGAUUCCGGUUUAUGACAGUGGAACCGGGAAAGCGCAAGACGAGGAUGGAAAUGUUUUCCCAACUUUAGUCGGCCGAUUCGACUGUUUUGAUGAAUUAUCGCUAGCUAACACUAAGAAUAUAUGCUAG